GAUCCCUGUCCCCGUCGACCGUUUGCGUCUCCUGGCGAUGGGCGGCGAAUCAUCAUGCGGAGGCGCUGGUGCGUGUGUGAGCGAGAGGUGCCACUGUUUUCGUCUGCCUCUCGUGUUUCCACCUCGAAGCCUCUGUUUCUGUUCUUUGGGUUGUGUAAAUUGUACAUACGCUGUUGAACCGUUUCAUCUUCUUACCCGCCAAGCACCAACGUUGUAUAUUCACUCGUCAUUCGCUACUGCUCACGUUCGCUGGGAGGGAUUGAAUCGAAGAGACGAAACGGAAGGCACGGAAUCCACCACGCAAGACUCGGCCCUUGCUACUAUAACCGCUUCAUCAAGAGUGGCACCGAGCUGCCUGUACCAAGAGCAACAGCCAUACAUCCAUCAUACGCAACACCAGCCCUCGAGGCUCACCAUCACCGCGCUGAAGUCCAUCCUCAACUAGGCCGUGUGGCCUCCCGACACCACCACCGCAGUCAUGUCGGCAACCACGCAACCCAACCUCUGCGCCCUCCCCACCCACCUCCAAUCCGACACCGGCCUGACCUCCCACAUCGCCUCCCGCUUCCACGUCAACCAGCCCAUCACCACCCUCAGCUCCCAAGCCUACAUCAGCGUCAACACCUACACCUCCCCCUCCAAGGGUCCCCAUGGCGGCGAAGAAGGCUCGGCCGCGGGAGCCGCGAAGGAACUCGCCCAGCGCAUGUGGUCGCGUCUCUCCGCCCGGCAGGAGAACCAGGCUGUCGUGUUUCUUGGCGAGACGGGGUCUGGGAAGAGUACGAUUCGGAGUCGCCUGUUGGGACAGUUGUUGCAUUACAGCAGUACUCCUUUGAGUAAAAGGCUGGAUUACGCGCAUUUCGUCUUUGACGCAUUGACGACGACCAAGAGCACCACGACGCCCACGGCUAGUAAGGCGGGCUUGUUCUUUGAGCUGCAGUAUCAGACGGAGGCUAGCACGCAUCCCGUCCUCAUCGGUGGCAAACUACUUGAUCAUCGGCUUGAGCGCAGCAGAGUCACGACUGUACCGCCUGGGGAGCGGAACUUUCACAUCCUUUACUACCUCCUUGCUGGCACGUCGCCGGAUGAGAAGGUGCAUCUUGGGCUCGAUGCCGGGGUGAGGGACACGGUUGGUGGGAACCCGCGACGAUGGCGGUAUCUCGGCCAUCCAUCACAACUCAAGAUAGGUGUGAACGAUGCGGAGGGUUUCCAGCACUUCAAGACCGCCUUGAGGAAGUUGGAAUUCCCGCGACAGCAGGUCGCGCACAUCUGCGAGAUCUUGGCGGCGAUCCUACAUAUCGGUCAACUCGAAUUCAUGACCACGCAAUCUACCACUCCGGCCCCGGACGAAAGCGGCGGUUACGGCCACGAAGGUGGCGAGGAAGUGACUGUCGUGAAGAACAAGGAGGUACUCCAACACGUCGCCGCCUUCUGCGGUGUUCCGGCGAGAGACUUGGAGCAAAGCCUCGGUUUCCGGUCAAAGACGCUGCACCGCGAACGCGUAACCGUCAUGCUCGAUCCUGCCGGCGCCCGAGCAAAUGCAGACGAAUUGGCGCGAACGCUGUACUCCCUUCUCGUCGCCUACAUCGUGGAGCAAAUCAACCAACGCAUUUCGGUCGAAGAAGAGAGCGUCGCUAAUACCAUCUCCAUCGUCGACUUUCCCGGUUUCGCGAACGCGUCUUCCACGGGCAGUACGCUGGACCAGCUUCUCAAUAACGCCGCGACCGAGUCUCUGUAUCAUUUCUGUCUGCAGUCUUUCUUCGAGCGUAAAGCGGAUUUGCUGGAGUCGGAGGAGGUGCAGGUCCCGGCUACGAGCUACUUUGAUAACAGCGAGGCGGUGAAGGGACUGCUGAAGCCCGGCAAUGGGUUGUUGAGUAUCCUUGAUGAUCAGAUGAGGAGGGGCAAGAGCGAUAUGCAGUUCCUUGAGUCGAUUCGACGGAGGUUUGAGGGCAAGAACCCGGCGAUUGAGGUUGGUGCAGCUACGACCGUUCUGCCCGGGACUAACUUCAAGACGGAGAACUUGAGCGCUGGGUUUGUCGUGAGGCAUUUCGCGGGAGAGGUCGAGUAUCCCGUUGAAGGGCUUGUGGAGGCGACGGGCGAGGUGAUCUCGGGUGAUCUGAUGAACUUGUUCGGCACGAGUGGGAAUGAGUUUGUGCAGGAGCUGUUCGGACAGGAGGCGUUGGUUAAGACUACGCAUCCCAAGGACCGCACUGCCGUUACCCAGGCGAGUGUGGCGAGUAAGCCGAGCCGGAUGCCGAGUAUGGCGCGCCGGAAGGCGGAGCGACAAGCCAGACUGCAGGCGAGGAGGGAAGUGGACGAGAAGGAUAGUGGGGAAGAUGAUGCCGGGACGCGCAGUUUUUCGAGGACGAUGAACAGGGGGAAGGAAGAGCAGCAAGGCGCCGCGGCGCAGUUCCUGAGCAGUCUGGACGCUAUCAACCGCUCUUUAACCGCGCCGAAUACGAACCCGUACUUCGUGUUCUGUCUCAAGCCCAACGAUCGCCGCAUCGCGAACCAAUUCGACAGCAAGUGCGUGCGCACGCAGAUCCAGACGUUCGGACUCGCGGAGAUCUCGCAGCGGCUUCGGAAUGCGGAUUUCAGCCUCUUUAUGCCGUUUGGCGAAUUCCUCGGCACGGCGGAGGGCGAGGUGAGUGUCGUCGGCAGCGAGAAAGAGAAGGCGGAGAUGAUCUUCGAGGAGAAGAGUUGGCCGGCUAAUGAGGCGAGGGUUGGGGCGACGGGGGUGUUUCUGAGUGAGAGGUGUUGGAGGCAGGUUGCUCAUGUGCCGGAAUUGGGCGACAUGCCUGCGCCGGUGUACAGUGCUGAGUACAAUGAGUCUGGCUCGCUUACUCCGGGCCCGAAGGGUGGGUUUGGGGAGAGUAAGGUUGCUCUUCUGCCUAAUACUCCAGGACAGUACCAUGAUGAUAAGCAGGCGAGUGGGUACUUUGGCAGCCGCGAGAUGGACGCUAGGAGCGAGGCGGGCGCGAGUGCGUAUCGGGAUGGAGAUAUGUUCCGCAAUCUGGAGACCCGCGAGCAGAUGGCUGAAAAGGGCAAUGAGGUCAAGAUGGCGGAAGUCGACAGUCAUCCCAUGUCCGGCAGUCGGAAGAGAUGGCUUGUUAUCGUCUACGCUUUGACGUGGUUCGUCCCGGAUUUCGCUAUCCGAAUUGUGGGACGGAUUCAGAGGAAGGAUGUCAGGACUGCAUGGAGGGAAAAGCUGGCCAUCAAUCUGAUCAUCUGGUUGAGUUGCGGCUUUGUGGUCUUCUUCAUGGUCGGCUUCCCACGGCUCAUCUGUCCGACGCAGCAUGUUUACUCCUCUGAGGAGUUGAGCUCAUUCGACGGCAAGGACGGCGCGAGGAGCUACAUGGCGAUUCGAGGACAGGUCAUCGACUUGGACGCCUUCAUCCCAGUGCACUAUCCGAACAUAGUCCCGCAGAGCGCGCUGAAGAAGUACGCCGGCACCGACGCUACCAACCUCUUUCCCGUGCAAGUCAGCGCCAUGUGUCAGGGUGUCGACGGGACAGUCGACCCGGCCGUGCAGCUGAACUACCGCAGCUACAAUUUCACCGGCUCGAGCAAUAUCAUUAGUACGACGGACAAUAACGCGCAGUACCACGAUUUCCGCUGGGCCACGAAUGAUUCGCGUCCGGACUGGCUCGAGGAGCAAAUGAUAUUCCUCGGCGGGACGUACUGGAAGGGCAACGUGGGAUUUUCGGCCCAGUACCUCAAGACACUUGCUUCUAAGAGCCAGAGCAUCGCAUACCUGAACAAGCGCGUCUAUGACUUCACCGACUACGUGACGGGAGGCAGGCAAUUGCAGUAUCCGCCUGGUUGGACCCGACCGUCCGACUACACGCCGCCGAGCACGAACUUUAUGGAUCCCAACGUCGUGGCCUUGUUUCAGCAGAGUGCCGGACAGGAUGUGACGCAGCGCUGGGAGGCGCUGAACCUGGAUCCGGCACUGCGGGCGCGCAUGCAGACUUGUCUCGACCGGCUGUUUUAUGUCGGCGAUCUGGAUACGCGGAACAGCGCGCAAUGUCUGUUCGCAAAAUACAUCCUGCUGGCCAUCAGCUUGCUGUUGGUCAGUGUUAUUGGGUUCAAGUUCUUGGCGGCGUUGCAGUUUGGGAAGAAGAAUAUGCCGGAAAACCUCGACAAGUUCAUCAUCGCCACUGUGCCGGCUUAUACCGAAGACGAGGACUCGCUGCGGCGAGCUAUCGAUUCGGCGGCGAGGAUGCGGUAUGAUGACAAACGCAAACUGCUUUUCAUCAUCUGUGAUGGUAUGAUCAUCGGGCAGGGCAACGAUCGACCAACUCCUCGCAUCGUCCUUGACAUUCUCGGCGUGCCGGAUACCGUCGACCCGGAGCCGCUGAGCUUCGAGUCGCUGGGUGAAGGCAUGAAGCAGCACAACAUGGGCAAGGUUUACUCGGGCUUGUACGAGGUGCAGGGCCACAUUGUGCCUUUCAUUGUUGUCGUCAAGGUCGGGCGACCGUCUGAGGUGUCCAAACCUGGCAAUCGAGGCAAGCGUGACUCGCAGAUGAUCCUAAUGCGCUUCCUCAACCGCAUCCACUACAACCUGCCCAUGACGCCCCUCGAACUCGAGCUCCACCACCAAAUCCGGAACGUGAUUGGUGUCAAUCCCACCUUCUACGAGUUCCUGCUGCAAAUCGACGCCGACACCGUCGUCGCCCCCGACUCCGCCACGCGCUUCGUCUCCGCUUUCCUGCACGACACCAAGCUCAUCGGCGUGUGUGGCGAGACGGCCCUUUCCAACGCCAAAGCCUCGAUGAUCACUAUGAUGCAGGUCUACGAAUACUACAUCUCGCACAACCUCACCAAGGCCUUCGAAUCGCUAUUUGGAUCCGUCACUUGCUUGCCGGGUUGCUACAGCAUGUACCGCAUCCGCGCCGCCGAGACCGGUAAACCACUGUUCGUGAGCCGCGAGAUCGUGGUCGAUUAUGCCGAGAUCCGUGUCGAUACGCUGCAUAUGAAGAACCUUUUGCACCUGGGUGAGGAUCGGUACCUGACAACGCUGCUGCUAAAGUAUCAUCCCAAGUACAAGACGAAGUAUAUCAUGCGCGCCCACGCUUGGACGAUCGCACCGGAUAGCUGGACGGUGUUCAUGUCGCAGCGUCGACGCUGGAUCAACAGUACCGUGCACAACCUCAUCGAGCUCAUCCCGCUCCAGCAGUUGUGUGGCUUCUGCUGCUUCAGUAUGCGCUUCGUUGUGUUCCUGGACUUGCUGAGCACGAUUGUACAACCGGUCAUUGUCGGAUACAUCGCCUACCUCAUCGUAGAGGUGGUGCAGAACCCCAGCAGUAUUCCCAUCACGGCCUUUAUUCUCCUUGGAGCGAUCUACGGAUUGCAAGCGAUCAUUUUCAUUCUGAGACGGAAGUGGGAGAUGAUCGGUUGGAUGCUGAUAUACAUGCUCGCUACGCCUGUGUUCUCGUUCGGACUCCCGCUGUACGCGUUCUGGCACAUGGACGACUUUAGCUGGGGCAACACGCGUAUGGUGACCGGAGAGAAGGGCAAGCAGAUCAUUGUCAGCGACGAGGGCAAAUUCGACCCGUCGACCAUCCCACGCAAGCGGUGGGAGGAGUACCAGGCUGAGUUGUGGGAGGCGCAGACCAUGAAGGAUGACGCCCGCAGCGAGAUCAGCGGGAUCAGUUACGCAACUAAAAGCUGGCACCCUGCCGCCUCCGACUACAAUGUGGGCGGUUACCCACCUUCGCGACCGAUGAGCCAGCUGGGCGUGCCCGCGUCGCCGUUCUUGCAUCCCAUGCAGCACAACGGCUCGCGGAUGUCGCUUGCACCUUCGGAGACCGGAUUGCUGUCGAGGAACUAUUCCGGCUCAGAUAUGGAGAUGAUGUCGGACCAGCCAUCGGAUGAUGCGCUGUUGGCAGAGAUCCGCGAGAUCCUGCGGACGGCAGAUCUUAUGAGCGUGACGAAGAAGAGUAUCAAGGCCGAGUUGGAGAGGCGGUUCGGUGUGCCGCUUGACAAUCGGAGGCAGUACAUUGGGAGCGCGACUGAGGCGAUUUUGAGCGGGCAGUUGUAA